GCACCCAAACUGGCAGGACUACAUCCUCAUCGGUGCCCUCUGCUUCACCAUCCUGCUGCUCACACUGGUGGGGGUGGUGUGUAUCAGAAAGUAUCGCUCUAUGGCCCUUACCAUUCGAGGGCUGCAGGGGAGCAAACUGUUAAUGAGUGCUAUUCCCCGGCUGGAAGCCUCCAUCAUGCCUCAGAGGAUGGUCCCCAUGGUGGAGGAGCCUGAGGAUGAGGAGCCUCCUGCUCUGGCUCCCCUGCAUCAGAGCAGCACAGUCAGGUUACCCUCCAGGAGGCUGUGGAAAGGCCUGCACCAGGGUCCUCGUUUCACCAAGUCAGACCUGAACCUGCUGCAGCUGAUCAAAGCGGGGAAGGAGGGCGUCUUCUACCAGGCCAGGAUGGCUAAAGGGACGUGUAAAGGCCACAGCUUGUUCACCUGCAAGAUCAGCAAAGAUGGUGUCCGCCCCAAGCAUGUGGACACAGAGAUUUCCAUCAUGAGGAAACUGGUGCAUCACAAAAACAUCCUGCAGUUACUGGACUGGAAUACAACUGAAGAACCUUACAUUCUCAUCAUGGAGUAUGUGAGCUGUGGCACUCUGAGGACCUUCCUGCAAACCAACAGAGUCAACCUGAGUGCAGACCCUGAGCUGCAGAGCCUCCUCACCAUCGCCUCCUAUCACAUCGCUCUGGCCAUGCAGCACCUGCGCUCCAAAAUGAUCGUGCACUGUGACUUGGCUCUGAGGAACAUCAUGAUCAAUCAUUUUCCCUGGGAGGUGAAGGUAGCAGAGUUCGGCCUGGCCCGAGACUUAACGCGCAUGACGAGCCGCCGCAGCACCCGAUGGAGAACCCCACAGCAGCGUGUGCCGCUGCGCUGGUACCCUCCUGAGUACUUCAAGAACAACUAUUACAGCUUCAAGGGGGAUGUUUGGUCAUUUGGCAUCGUGCUGUGGGAGAUGCAGACGUUUGGUACGUUACCAUACCCAAACCUGGAGACAUCAGAAGCAGUGGUGUACCACAUCUGUAUCGGCCAUAAGAACACAAACCCUGAAGGCUGCAGACCAGAGAUACUUCACAUCAUGCAAGACUGCUGGCUGGAGCCGUACACUAUGAGACCCUCAUUCACAGACAUCGUCCACAUGCUGGAGAACAUCAUAGAGGAUGAUGCGGAUUAUGUGGAUGUUGCGAGUCCACAGAUGUUGGUGAAAGACGAAGCUGAUUACAAUGAGACUCAGUGUCUGCGGGCAUCCAGCAUCACCAUGGAAGACAGAUCUAACAUCUAAAUACAUCUAUCAAGGCAUCAGAUCAAGCAGAUAUUUUUAACAUUAUUUUAGGCUACAGUUAUCUGCUAGGAGGCAGCAUUUCAAGUGCUGUUUGAAAUAUGACAACUGAGAGAAGAUCACACAUAAUCAACC